UUUGGCUCGAAUAUCCGAAUUUUAAAUUUCCCGCUAUAUCCAAUUGGAUUAGAGUCUCGUCUUCGGGAGCGACAACCUCUUGAUAUGAAUCAAACUGUAAAGUGCGGGUUUUAUACCUACUGUAUUCUUUCUGUGGUAACUGCACAUUGCGGAGGGGGGGGGGAAACAAAAGUGAAGUAUUUAUUUUUAAACUUGAAAUGGAUUGCCGACUUUCUUUUUCGGGUGGCGGGAGGAUUUGUGAAUUUGAGACGACGAAAUAUAAGAGAAACGACACCGCGCGCAACACUUUGGCGACAAACAAUAGGAUCUCUCAAACAGCUGUUUUGUCGUCUCCGCAAAUAUUGUGUGCGUGAGAAUGGGCCGCAAACGGAACCGUGAAGGGAAAACGGCAUUGAAUUGCUUGUUUAGAUCACAUCUAAAGCCCCCCUCGUUCUUUCCUUUUUCACGCCUAGGAUUCGAAUGCAAAGCGGAUGGUUGACAACGAUGUAGGGUCGAGAGAUGGAUUUCGGGUCUAUCCAUUGAACGAAACAACCAAAAAGAAUAAGAAAGGGGCCACAAAAGAAAACGAAACGGUGUGGUGUCGUCCUUUAGUCGCCUAGGAGGCCAAAGAAAUCCUUCUGGCCGCUUUGCUUAGAACUGGCAUCGCAUGGCGCAUCGCCCCCCUCUCUGAGACGGAUCAGAUGGAUGGCCGCUCUUUCGUUUCUCUCGACACAACUCUUCUUCUUCUUCUUCCACGUGGGGAUGAUACCUUCUUCCUUCCUUGUCCUUGCGAACAUCACGGGUCGUUGAGAAGUGCCGCAGUCCGCGGGGAGGCGCCUGCCCAGUGUACAAUUUCGAUAUGGCAAAGGCCCGGCACCGUGACGUCUCCCGCCCGGCUAUAGACGACGACGACUGCAUAAACAGCGCGUCAUUGAGAGACAUUGAAGACGCACGGGCGAGAGAGCGUAUCGCCAUCAGAGAUUCCCCAGUUGGAUCUGAAUCGGUGCGGAGCCAAGCAAACUCGACCGAGACUUAAGACAAUGGCCCCCCCCCCCAUAUUGGAUAGCAUUUCGACUUGUUCUCCAUAGCACAAACGAAGAAAAGAAAAAGACAUAACCAAAAAGGGGUUUUGUCUCUCUCCUCUUUGAGUGUUCCACCGUCUAUACUUGCACACACACUCGACGAAUGGGAGAGAGAGAUGGCUGAAAGAAGGCUAGCGCUCCUGCGCUCGGUUGCCGGUGUCAAGUUUCCCCGUGUGUCCUCAUUGUUCUCGGACAAACUCGGCCUGUGCUGCUCUGCUCCUCCCAGCACAGACCGCGUCUUUUUCUUAUUUUUAUAUUCACCCACUCACGGUUUGGAGCACGUUUCACCGUCAGGUUAUUCGAGCCACACACACACACACACAAGAAGAACAAGGUCUCUUUUGUGUUCCAAAAAGAAGAAAAAGUUGUUUGCUCUCUCCGUUUUCCCUUUAUCCUCUUUAGCCGAUUCCUUCUCUUAGACGCGUACACUCUGUCUACACAUACACACACACAUAUGUGUGUGUGUUGAAGAGAGAGAGAAAAGAAAAAGACUAUCCACACACGACUUGUCUACCGUAGCGUGUGCCAUCUCGAUAACACAGCACACCGGGGUUGGAUAUCGGAGAUUCGGGAGCGUGAACGUGCCUGCACUUCGAUGACACACCACCUUUUCUUUUUUUGUUUUUUUUUUUUUUCGUUAUACCCCCCUUGGUUGGGUGGGUGGGUGGCUGCUUUCAAGUGGUCAGUUUUUUUGUUUCUUCUUCUUUUUGCGCUGUGUACAUGUUUUCGACGGGAUGGAAUUUUUCAACUCGACUUUGGAUGAAGCAUGCUAACUCGCAGUAACCCGCUAGUCAGCUGAUUGCCGUCAUUCUCAUAUAUGUAUUGCAUCCGGGAGGAUUUUUCUCUUUCUUUUUUUUUUUUGCGGCUUUAUCUUGGCGUUUCUGAUGGUUGGGUGUGUGUGUAUAUGUAACCACACACACAUCUCGUAUGCUGGUGUACUUAGUAGCAGUUGCUAUCUAAUCCGGGUAACGUGUCACACAAGGCCAGAGAGAGCUAUACACCACGCCCCUUUUAUUCCUCUCUCUAUCUCUUUGUAUUUGCUUAUGUCGGCAUAUUAGUAGAAGAAGAGGAUUUCGCCUCUCUCACUCUGUGUGUGUGUGUGUAUAUUAGGAGCGAAGAAGAAGUGGGACCGAUUCGUCAUCCGACUCCCGUUCUCUCCGCUUUGCCCAGCUGCGGUCGGCCAGAUCCCAGCCAGCAGAGGAAGGAUGGGGGGCGCAAAAGGGGCGAAUGAAGAUGACGAAGAAAAGGGGUGGAGCUUUUUUUUCUGGGGGGAGAGGUCGGUCUUAGUUGCGGCUUGAUCAAUAUUCAAAUUGUAUCCAUCAUUCCGUCAGCGCACUGCUUCUUUCUGGGUGACUGAAAUAUAGAACGGGAAAGGGGGAGAAAAAAGGCCCAUCACGUGUGUGUGUGUGUUCAUGUCUUGUAUGAAUCACCAAAGAGACAGAUUACGGGAGCAAAUGCUGCUGCUCAUCUUGUCGUUGCUUUUCUUAGUCAACUACAUCAUCAAAGAUCCUAUCAUAUAUAGUCUUGCCAUCGUCUUCCAUUCUGCCGCGGAUUACUUUAUAUCGCUUUAUAUAUGUAUAUAAAGAAAAGAGAGCCGGCCUGGCCAGUUCUGUUUUUCUUUCCCUUUUUUUCUCUAUUAGCGCCGACUUAUAUAAUAGGCGACGAGUAUAUAUAAGGAGCGCGGACGUGUUUUCAUUCUCCGCUGGCCACGCCAAGUUGUGACUGGGGCCGGCCGGGGAUCACUAGGAUGCGGCGCUGGAAAACUACAAUUAGCCAUUGUAUUUGCCCGGCUCCAACUCCAACCCAGUCUGAGAAUUAAAAGAGAGAAAAAAUAAAAUCAAAUAAAAUAAAGGAUAGAGAAAGAAAAGCUAGAAACUUUGAAGAUGUAUUUUCCCCCGCGUUUGUUUUCGGCUCCAUUCUUGACUGCGUUUUGUUGGCAUUUCAAUUGCGGUGGUGAUGCCACAACGGGAAUUUCGCUUUCAAUUGAAAACCACGUACUACACACUGUGCACAGUGCAACAAUAGCUUCAAAGUAAACGUGAAGAGCUUCGGGGAAAAAUAAAAAGAAAGAUGAUGGGCUCAUAUCUAUCACCCAAUCCAUUAGUUAUUUCUAACUCGGAAAUGGCGUGCUCUCUGCGCCGGAGAAUUGAGUCCGGAAGGGUAAAACACAUCCUCCCCUCUCCCCCAGAAACUCUCUGCCUGUUUUAGGGGGGGGGGGCGUAUAAUCGACCCGAGUUUAUAACUAUUAUUGCGUACACGGCAAAUAGGUUCCCCCCACCCCAUCAUAAUGUAGGAGUUCAACAUGAGAAAAGUUGGUUGGGGGUAGCAUGAGAGAGACGACCCCCGCGCUCCCGAUCGGUCAGCCACAAGUCACUAGAUCCCGUUGUUGUUUUAUUGUUGGGAAAGGAAUUUGCCAGUUGCUCGAUGGCGAUGUUGCUUGUGUAUCUAUCUAUUUGGCCACAAUCACUCUUGUUCUCACCGCACUCUUGUUUCCGGGCUUUGCGGGCGCGCGCCCGUUUUGAGUCUUAAUCAACGCCAUGUCAUUUUCAAUUCCCGAGUCUUCAAGACAAGUCGACGAUGGUAUUCUACAUGGGCUCUAUAACCGCUGGUACUACCUAUCCCCAUUCCAAAUGUUCUAUCCUUUCCCCGCGCCCCACAAUAGUCGACCCCAUCCGUCUCUGACAGCGGAAGCCCAACACAUUGAAUCAACCCUUCCAAACGACCCCGCGUGCUCCGCCGCCGCCCGGUUCGCUCACGUGUAAGCAACUGGAGUUGAAAACAACAGAGCAGGCCAGCAACAACAACAACAUAAAAACAGCAACCGACAACAAUAGUUUAAAAAAAAGCGGAACUCGAUCGCCCGUGAUUUCAGAUUAGCUUGACUAAAGGCAAAAACAAAAAGACUGAUUACGAGGGUCCGGCAUUUGUUUGAUAAUAUAAACGAAGCUUUCGACUAGAAACACACAGAGAGAGAGAGACUGUGUUGAUGUUGACGAACGGCCGGAAACUGUUUCAGCCUCUCUCUCUCGGACGGUAAAGGGGUUGCGAAGUGAACGGAAGGAACGAAUCAUUCGAAGCCUUUCAUCUAGAAUAGACUUGUACACGGUGAAGGAGAGAGAGAGUUGCAUCUUUGAUAUGAGGUAGAAAAAAGAAGAAGAAGAAAUCGAUAGAGUACGGAAACGAGGCAGUCAACCUCCGGCGGGUUAUUGCGUUCUGUGGGGCAUAAUAUGCGGCGGUAGUAAUGCCACACGCUUCACUGACUGAUCGAGAUAGAUGUGACUCUGUCACUGUGUGUUUGUCCUGUGUCUCGGAUGUAGUGGGCGCACCAGUCUAAAGCGCAGCGCGUCGCUUUCAAUCCCCGUUUUCUUUGACUUUUGCCGUCUUUAAUGGACCCUGCCAGCCGGCCGCCCGCCAGCCCGUCGACGUUGUGAGCGCUCUCACAACCUCCCUGGGUGGAUUGCAGCCGCCCUCCUCCGUGCGACUUUGCAUCUCGCCAUUAACCUGUCGCUCUUUGUACAGAGUCAAACAGAACCAAAUUCACUCGACUCAUGAAACAAAAUCUCAAAAAAAGAGGAGAAAGAAAAAGUUGAAAUCUACAGGAGAAGGAGAAAUCAAUAAAAUAAAUCAAAGCGCCCAGCAAAGCAGAUGAAAGUAGAUUCACAAGAUUUCUUUUGCCCCAUACAGUAUAGAGUAGUAGGUAGUGCAUGUUUGGCGCACAAGCACCUACACAGUUACACCAGGACGCCCCCAUUUUUAUUUUAUUUUCCUCGAAAUUUUCACAAGCUAGAGUCUAGAGAGAGAGAGACGCGGACAGAAGAAGUAAAUAUCUAACUCGGUCUAAGCGAAUUCCUGGAGAUCCAGGCUGGUCUACACAUCGGUCGUUAGAUGCUAUACAGAGAGAGCUGGCUCUGGCCUUGCCUAGCGCCUAUUUCUCGACCGGGUCUGCCAUUGGGCAUUGCAUUGGCCCCGGCCUUUGAUGUUGUGACUCCCAUCAGCAUCUUGAAUAUUCUCUUUUUCUUCGACUUUCUGUUCCAGUAGCAUCAAAAAGAAAGAAAAUAAGGAUCGAACUCGUUCGACGACGCAUGCAUCAUCUCGUUUUCAUUCGUUUCCCCCGCCAGUUUCGACAGCGUCGAAAAUCCACAGGAGAGAGAGAGAACAACCCCCCUCCCGCUCACGGCGCCUUCCAAUCAUUAGCAAGAAUGGCGCUCGCGUGCGGAUAUCGGCGGUGUGAGUGGGUCGUCCUAUAGACCGGGCGCGCGGACGCCAAAUAGUUAUAUCUCAUCUCUACACAGUCAGCCGAGUUUUUGAUUUUUCUUCUUCUUCUUCUUCGCUUAUGACUUGAAAACGUAUCGUUUUCUGGCUGAGUAACUUGUCGAAAAGGAAUGAUUCAAGUGUUGGUCGUUAGCAGAUCGAUCGUUUUCCUUUUCACUCUUCUCUACAUGACGUGAUAGUUCUCAAGUUUGGGUGAACUCUCUCGAUUCUUCGAAUCGUUGCCAUUAAGUUUGUUUUUCCUGUCGAAAAAAGUUGAGCUUUUCCCGAGUGAAAAAAGAUAGAAAACAAAAAAUGAAUAGCUGCAAACUAGAUGGUCGAUGAGUUCAAAAAUGGCGUGGCCUUUUCUCAGGGCUUUGGCGUUUGUUUUCAGUUGGGAUGCUGUCUUAUAUAGCACGUCAGUCGGUCAAGAGGCAUUUAAAUGUCUCGUCUGCUGAUGGGGCGCGUCUCUGACAAUUGACACUGCUGCCCUUCAUCUCUUGUCUUUUCUUCCUCUUGACGAAGAAAGAAUGGCGGAAAUACAAUGAAUCUUUCUCGCCCAUCCAGCACCCAACGCGUUUUUCCCCAUUAUCGGCGCGGGAGGGGGGUGGUAAAACGCCAGUAACAAAUCAGCGAACAAAUGACGAAAAAUCUGAAGGACUUUGUUCCUUCUCUCUUUCUCCCGUUGGCUGUCUUUAUGUAUUUCAUCGUGCAAAGCGCCAUUCUAGCAAGCAAAGCUAAAGACUCUGGCUCGAAGAUGCGCUGACAGUAGUAGAAAACGACGCGAGCGGGGGGCGUCGGGGCGACCUCGGAAACAAAUGCCAGAGGGAGCCGGAGAAUAUCGUGCGCGCAUUUCUUCGUCCUUAUAAGUGCUUAGAAAUCAUUUCUCUCUUGCUGCUUUGGCCGCUGCCCUCGUCUUCUUUCUUUUCUUGUGUCUGAGCUUCUUUUUUUUUCUUUUUUCCUUAUUUUUCUCUUUUCCCCCCAAAGUCUUUUCUUCUCAUAUACUCCGCCUCCCCCGCGCUUCGGCGACUCUUGUUUCAUCGAGCAAAUGGAUUAGGAACAAUCAAGUUUUUUGGCUCCGGUCCCGCUGCAGUGGCUCCGAUGUUGUUCGGGACACACCGACCGACGCCCUAGCCUCCGUGCUCCUUCGGUGCGUGUUUAGGUGGUGCACCAAUAUGCCGAGUGUAUAAGUCGGCAACAUUUUGCCUGGUUUCAUUUUCCGAUGACAUCUAUAUAUGUGGACCUCCGGUUCUUUGCGCCCCAUUCUUCUUUUUUCUUUUUCUUGAACUUUUUCAUGUUCUUAUCCGUCGUUUCAGUCUGACCGUGGCCUUUUUUCUUUUCUCAUCUUUUUGUUCCGUUUUCUCUUCUUUUCUAUUUCCGCUUUUCAUUCUAUUUUCCUUUUUUAUUUUAUUUUUUCAUUGGGCUCUCCCGCUGUCUCCUUAUUUUCUCGGCCCGGCUCCUUGGGACCGUUCGGCCUGCGCCCUUUCGCACUAAUCAGACGCGUUUUAUGGUGACUGACAAAGGGGAUAAAAAAAAACAGACAGGCAAACAAAACGAUGGAAUCGUACGGACUCUGAAUCACAAAUGAUGGCCGUCAAAAUCAUCUCACAACGAGAGUUUGGCCGAUGCCAGUUCGAACUGGCGUUGCAAAUCUACUUUUGCCAAUAUCUAGUUUUAUCGUCAUCCGAUUUUAUUUAGUUUUAUUUUAUCUUAUUUUCUUUAAAUUUUCCUAAAGUAAUUUUUAUUGAAUAUUUAUUUUGUUUUUCUUUUUGUUUUAAAAACAAAUUCAAUUAAAAAAAAACUUUUUAGUCAAUUUGGCAAAUGCAAACCGGAUCACCCCCCGGCAUCCCAGAUUGCAGACUACAAUUUAGCGAACGACACACGAGAUGUCUUUUUUCAUUUUUUAAAGUGCGAGAAAAAACUAGAAAUCAUAGAUAAAAAUUACAAAGAAAUAGUAUGUGCACUUCACAACAGACAUUCUACUGUUUUGGCAGGUCAUCGGCAGUAUGGAGAAUCACACGUCGCCGUGCACCAAUUUCUGGAACUAUGCCUGCCACAGCUGGUUGGUUUCCAAUCCCCUGCCGCCGUGGGCCAGCAAGUGGAGCAUCCGCGAGGAACUCGCCCACCGAGCGCACGAAGAGAUGAGGAAGCUGAUCGAGACGAUGCCGCAUCCAACGCGAGUCGACUCGUUAUCUUGGAAGCUCAAGUACUUUUACGAAUCCUGCACCGCUCUCGAGCACAUCGUCGUUCCCGAGCAGAAACUCAUCCGCGUCAUCGAUCAAAUGGGUGGCUGGGGAGUUCUGCGGAGUUUUUCCGUCUAUUCGUGGAACUUCCGCAUGGUCCUGCGACGGCUGCAUGCCGAGUACGGCGUCAACGCUUUCUUCCGCGUUGACGUUGUCGCUCAUCCCAACUUUCCCGACAAGAGCAUCGUCAGAAUAUCGCCUGAUGGACUGGGACUUCCCGACCGGAACUAUUACUAUCGUGAACCUGACCAUGCGCCAGAUGUACCAAGGAGGCGGCUGUCGCAGCCCGGGACGAUCAACACCUACAAGGUGUUUUUGAAAGACGCCGUUCAGCUGUUGGGCGCAACCAGUCUGGAAGCGACUAAAUUCGCCGAGGAGGUGUUCCACUUCGAAAAGCGCAUUGCCGAGCUGACGCCCAACACUGAGGACAUUAUUAAUCCUGUCAAGAGCAUACAGAUCCUCAACGUCGCCGAUCUGCAGCGCCAAUCAUUCUCCAUUCCCUGGCUGGAAAUACUGCGAGCGAUAUAUCCGACGACGGUUUUCGAUGACUCUACUGAAUUAUUGAUUACUUCACCAGAUUACCUGAAAGACAUUUCCUCCGUCGUCUCCUCUUCCGACCGAAGCACUCUCAACAACUAUCUGAUGUGGAGGCUGGCGCACAAUUAUCUGCCGUACUUAUCACGCGAGUUCUGGGAAGUUCUGGAUAUCCAUAAACGAGAUACUCUGGGUGCCAAGGAAUCGGUGGACCGGUGGGAAAUGUGCAUCGUGACGACGCAGAAAUACUUCCGCUUAGCGAUGGGCUCUAUCUACUCAAAGAACAACGUGGCCCUCAAGGACAGCCGCAACGGAGUGGCGAUCAUCUACGAAUCGUUGAAGAACGGCUUGGCUAGCAGCUUGUCUGGUAGCUCACUGUACAGUCCCAGUCUGAGGUCGAGAGCUCUUGAAAAGUUGGCGACGUUGAGCGUUCAAGUCGGAUAUCCGGAGCAGGUGUUGGCUUCGUCCUACUUGGACGAUUUCUACACGGCCAUGAGCGUUCAAGUCAACGAUUUCCUGGGCAACAUCCUUUACGGCGUCCACUUUUUGCGCAAAGUCGAGGAACGCAUCUUGCUCAAUCCACUGCCCGAGCACAAAUGGCUCGCUUACCUCUCCAAAGACACCAUCACGUACAUCCCCGAAUCCAACCGAAUCAUCAUACCCGAGCAUCUUCUCCUUCCGCCGUUCUACAGCGUCAAUUUUCCACAGCCGAUCCUGCUCGGAUCACUUGGCGUGCAGCUGGCUGUAGCCAUGGUGGCAUCCGUCAGUCAGCACGGUGUUCUUUACGACGGCCAAGGAGUCCUGAUCGAUCGCGAAUCCACCAUCGGUAACGAUUCGCUGUCAUUGACUGCCAACCAGCGCAAAUGCCUAGUGGACGCCCUACACCAGAAGAAGAUCGACGACGAAGACUUUCUCAAGCGCACCGUUUUCGAAACAUUGGUUCAACUUGCUGGAGUUCGACAAGCACUAAAGGUUGUAACCAAUCCCAGCAUGGAGCAGCGGCGGACAGAGUACAAAGCGCUCGAAUUCCUUACUCAUCCGCAGUUAUUCUUCGUCGCCUACGCUCAGUCUAUGUGCUCGCACACAACGGCGAAACACAGAGACAUGGAAAGAUCGACCACAUUCCGCCUUGGCGACGAAGAGAUGUUACGAGCGACUAUGCUGCAAAUGCCUGAGUUCACGGAGGCGUUCAUGUGUAAUUCCUCGUCACUAUUGCACCACGGAAAAGUGUGCGGGCGAAUCAUAUAAGAGCGCCGCCAAACGCAUAAAUGGGAACCCAUCGAUCUAUAAAAUCCAUAAAAAAAAAACUCCAAACGAAUCAAUUUUAGAUAGAGAAAAUGAACACACGAGAGAGUACAUAAAAAAAAAAGAAAAAGGAAUGGCUGAUGCGAGCGUUUGUGUUGCAAUACGGAUGACGUGGGUCUGUACUUUAAACUGAUUUGAUGACAUUUUUUAUAUUUUGUUGAAAGAAAAAAAAACGGGAAAAAAAAUUCAAACAAACAUUUAAACAAUUGUUACCAAGAUGAGUUGCGCCUAAACGUACGGGGUGAACCGUCCGACGUCCUCUUCCUCAUCAUAAUUUGUAACGAUUAUAGUUAUCAUUGCUCUAACGAUUUAAGGAACACGAAAUCAAUCGAGGAGAGGACGAUGAAGUAAAAAAAAACGCGCCAAUUUUUGAAUUCCAACUUAUUGAUUUUUAUGAUUAUAGAGAGUAAAAAAAUUGUUGAGUGUGCGGGUUGUUUGUUUCGCGACACCAAAAAAUCAAUUUCAAAAAAUUAACAAAAAAAUAAUAAUGGAUAAAAAUGAAUAAAUAUAGUUAUGGUGAUAAGUGAGAGUGAAAACGUGGAAAAUUUUAUUAUUAUGUACGAGCUCACUGUCGCCCAAUUCGCGACUGAUGAAACUCUCUUUGGAUCCGGAUGACCCCGUGUUGUUGUAUUGUGUAGAUCAAUAACGAAUGCGUGAUGGUGAAUGCAUAUAGAUUGUUUGUUUUUGUUUGUUUUUUCAUCAUAAUAAUAAUAUCGAUGCCGUGACAAAACCGUGAAUGCCGAAAAGAGAACAAUUCCGUUAUGUCUCCCACUUUAUCCUAUCCUUGUGGAUCUUUAAACAUGGCUCCAAAAUCAUUCAAUCUAUGAACUGUUUUAUUUUUUUUUUUGUUUUUUUUUUUAUUUUUCAAAGCCAUAUAUUUCAAUUUUCUGUUUCUUGUUUAUUCCUUUGUUUCGAACUUUAUUCUUCUUCUGUUUCGUGUUGUUUUUUGGGACACGCAAAAAGAGAGCUUUUUAGCGGAAAAUAGAGAGAAGGUACCCGAUAAAAAGGUGAAAGCGAAAA